AAUUCUGGGGACAUAUCAACUCACGCUCCAAAUAUUUGCUAAGUUAAAAAGUAUUUUCCUACUCAAAAGAUAGAAGAUUGAGAGAUAUCUUAUCAUUUAGCAUUUUUUUCUAAACAAAUCAGUUCUACAAUUAGGUAAUUUCUACGUCAACUCUUCCUCUUUUCUAUUUGUUAGGUUUCCUCCUCCGCCGCAGCUGCUCGCCGGAGCGCUGUCUUCACCAUCUUAUUCUAUUCUUCUUAUAUCCCUCUCUUCUUCAACCGCACCCCCCCACUUCCUUCAACGCCAGCUGAUCGACACGGACCCCCAUUACCCAGUCGCUCGCCGCUUACCUUUCUUUUUCAUUUUUGGAAAUCUUUGAUAUUCGAGUCGAUUUGGUGGAGUAUCUCAUUUUCCUCCACCCUUCACAUACAGAAAAACCCUAAAGAAUCCUCUAAGAAAUUUCAAUGGGGAAGAACGAAUUUCUGACCCCUAAAGCAAUCGCAAACAGAAUCAAGGCGAAAGGGCUACAGAAGCUGAGAUGGUAUUGCCAGAUGUGUCAAAAGCAGUGCCGGGAUGAGAAUGGCUUUAAAUGUCACUGUAUGAGUGAAAGCCACCAGCGCCAGAUGCAGAUCUUUGGCCAAAAUCCCCAUCGUAUUGUUGAAGGCUACUCUGAAGAGUUCGAGACAUCUUUCAUGGAGCACAUUAAGCGUAGCCAUCGGUUCAGUCGUGUGGCAGCUACAGUUGUCUAUAAUGAAUACAUUAACGACAGACAUCAUAUUCAUAUGAAUUCAACGCAGUGGGCUACUCUUACUGAAUUUAUUAAACAUUUGGGUCGAACUGGGCAAUGUAAAGUAGAGGAAACUCCCAAGGGUUGGUUCAUUACUUACAUAGAUAGAGACUCAGAGACGCUUUUUAAAGAGAGAAUGAAGAAUAAGAGGAUGCGGGCGGAUUUAGCUGAAGAAGAGAAGCAAGAAAGAGAAAUAAAGAGGCAAAUUGAGAGGGCUGAGCAAUUUGCACCUUUGGCUUCCGCAUCUGCCGAGCUUUUGGAGGCUGAACAAACAAGAGAGUUGAAAUUAGAGAGUGGGGUUAAACUAGGAUUUGCUUUGGGAACAACAUCAAAAUUGAAGGAGAAGAAAGGAGAGAGUUCCAGGGUAGUUUUUGAUGAGGAUGAGACGUAUGAGACUAUCAAGGGGAAACCUGAAGGGACUUCCAAAAACAGGAUGGGUAGUGGUGGUGGUCUGUCAUCUUUGGAGGAAUUGAUGAAAGAAGAAGAGAUGAAGAAGGAGAAGCUUAAUAGGAAGGAUUACUGGCUUUGUGAUGGAAUAAUUGUAAAGAUUAUGAGCAAGGAUUUGGCUGAAAAGGGGUACUAUAAACAGAAGGGAGUUGUGCGAAAAGUGAUUGAUAAAUAUGUUGGAGAGAUUGAAAUGCUUGACGGCAAGCAUGUGUUGAGAGUUGAUCAAGAAGAAUUAGAAACAGUGAUACCACAAAUUGGUGGCUUAGUAAGAAUAGUAAAUGGCGCAUAUCGUGGAUCAAAUGCUAGGUUGUUAGGUGUUGACACUGAUAAGUUUUGUGCUAAAGUGCAAAUUGAGAAGGGUGUAUACGAUGGCAGGGUGCUUAAGGCUGUUGAAUAUGAAGAUAUUUGUAAACUUGCAUCAUAACUUUGAGAUAGAAGAUGAAAUUCAAUAUUUGUAAUUUUGUUCUCAUAUUUUCUUUAAGCAUAUUUAUGCGAGUAUGAGGUUUGAUGUCUUCCAAUUACUUCUUCUUUGUUUUUCAUGAUACUCCUUUUCUUUUAAAACAAAAUGCACAGGGAUGGUGCCAUCCCUCUCCCACCCCACCCUGAAUUGUGAUCACACAUUCUACAUAUUUCAUGUAUUUAGUCGAUCAAGUUUCUUGGUUUUGAUAUUUAUGAAGAUUUUGGUAUAA